UUUCGACUUUGUAGGUACUAGGUGGUCAGCAAACGUCUUUCUGGCGUAAGCCACAGCUUAUCGGAAGGGGAAUGUAGAUUUCCUGAAGGACUGAAGCUCGAUCGAGGAUGCACCGAUCACAAGUCGUCACUGAACGGGCGAUAUUCUAAAAUUAAAAUCAUUUGGCAACUGCUGUGCUUUUGCAGCCGCAUCAUCCGAUAGAGAUGGAUGGUGCUGAAUCUAUCCGCUCGAUGCUUACGGAUUGCGACAACCCGGUGGCUGCUAUCAAAAGCUUUCAGGAAACACAUCGUUUCAGUACACCCGUAGUGGAAUCUGCCAUUCCACUGCUUGAUCUGUUGGGUAGGCCAAGACACGAAUUUCACAUGAGCGUCCUGACCAAGUUCACCGAGACGCUAUCUGCAAAAGUCAAGGAGUUCAAUGCAGAGCAGAAAGGCAAACUGCUGAGUGAGAUCAUAUUCCUGGCACACAUACAGCCUGUUCAGCAAUUGCUCAAAGAGUUGCUGUCCGUCCUGAAGCCCGUGCCCGGUAAUCUGCUGGAGUUGCUGGCGAGUAAUCCCAAGGCGUACGCGUGCUGCCCAAUUCACACGAAGCGUGAGAUUUGGGAGCAGCGCUCGGAUUUGUUCUGUGAAGAAGUCAACACUAUACUGGAGCGUUACAUGGACGAGAAAGAGACGGCAGUUCUGAGUGCGGAUGCUGGUGCACAGGAUGCUGCUCAUUUCUUUGAGAUUGCACCGCGCACGCGCCGACAGCACAGCUGCCUAACACAGCUGGUGGACAUGGUCGCCAGCUCUCAGAACCUGUACUCUGUGCUUUGCAGCUUGCUGCGCACACUGUUCGGUCAGUCGGGUAUAGCACACUACUGCACGGUGCGUAUGGACGUGCUGAUGGCGUUGCAUGAAACGCAGCACAUGCUAGUACGGCAAGAUCCAUGCCACAAGUUGACGUGGUGCUUGGAUGCGUGUGUCCGCGAGCACAAGAUUGAUGAGAAGCGCAUCAAAGAAAUCUCCACGUUGAUCAGUCAACAGGACGUGGAUGGAGACAUGGCGAUGGCUACACACCAACCACACGUCCUGCACUUGCUAUGCACCAGUCUAGUGAGCCUACUUGGGGACAUGGCCAAACAGUGUAAACUGCCACGAGAAAGUUCCAAUCUGAAAGUCUUGCUUCGCUUAAUAAACCGUAGCCUGAUGGCACUGAAAAUGUUUCAAUCUGAGAGUUUCACCGAACCUCCUCUGGAAUUCGACGUGAUUCACCGGCACAUGGCCGUGCUGGUCAAUGUUUGUUCAGACAUGGACGGCAUUGCAAUCUACACCACGCUGAUGGCCGAGACCGGGACAGCUGAUGAGAGCUUCCACAGCGCCCUGGUACAGCCUUUGCCGGCGUCCUUUACAAAGGUGUUAACCAAACAUCCAACUGUCCUCGUGCUCACGCUGCAUCUGGCUGCACGUACAGCGAAAAGAGGGUGUUCUAAAUCCUUACAACGGCUACUCCACUGUAUAGUAGCUGCGCUAGAAGAAGAUGGUGUCAGUCGCCAUGUCCCCAGCACUGUUUGGUUUCACUUCUUCUACGAACUGACACGCCUGUCCGAAGUGCUCCUGGCCGAGGAGGUAUCGGAGGAGCUGGGCUCGCUCAGCUUGGCAGCCCAUGUGUUUGUCAAUCUGAUCAUACCGCUGUGCCGGUCCAAUCCAGACUGCCUGGGAUACGCACUGCGGCUGCUGGCGUUUUGGCCGCUUAGUGCCAAGACGGCCGUCUCGGACCAGUUUCAAGACUCUUGGUUGGAGGCGCUACAGCCGAGUGCUACACACUCUGCUUGUGUCUGGAAACUGUAUAGGAAAGCGUUUGACUCUGCUGGCUGGCCAACCUUCUACCCGGAGUCGGACUAGUACUUACCUACCGUCCGAGCUUUGUAAAUAGAUGCAACACUUCAACCCUGUGAAUUUGUUGAUUGUCAGCAGUGAUUUAUUUUUGGUGCAUAUCUAUUGGCUGUAGUAGGCUGCUGCAUGUGUUCAUGAUAUGUAUCCGUGUGUGUGUAUGUGCAUGGCUGUCAUAUGCCAUACCCAUAGACAUCUACCACGUACAGUAACGUUACAGUACAGAGUACCACUCAAUGUAGAACACAUCGUAACAUGUCAGUCACACUCACGAAUGCCAUGCCGAAGUUGAAUAUGCAAGCAGGGUUAUAUCAGGCGCUGGCACCAUCUUCUUGUAAAUAGUAAAUAAAAUUAAUAGUAUACUUUCUCUACCAAGCAUAUCAUCGCCACAUACACUUCUUGUACAACGGUUUGUUGUGUAUAUUAUUGCUGUUAUUCCGUCUGGUGGUUAGUACUUGAAGUAUCUUUCAUGUUGGUGUUGUCGCCUAUCAGUUCGUGUACAUAAUUUACUUCUGAACCACCCGUGCUUUUAAAUUGCCGUCAUCAUUGUCGUUUCAAAAGCUUUUAUUAUACAUACUGCUGUAGCUGCCCUGUACAUACUGCGCAUUGAAUUGUGUUUAGCUAUUUUUUUCUGAACCAUGCCGUGGUGAUCGAUUGGACAUGUAUAUCAGGAUUCCAGUAGCAUUGUAGUGCACAUACUGUGUCCAUGUACCGACGAGAAGUGAUGGCAUGUACGAUAAUUAUUGAGUUUAUUGACCAUUGCUGAUUGAACAGACCACAACUUAUCUCGA